AUGUCCAAUCGACAACAAUCACGUGGACGUGGAGGUGGUGGUGGUGGUGGUCGAGGCGGUGGCGGUGGUUUCGGCUUUGGAAAUCGUGGUGGUGGAUUUGGCAGGGGAAACUAUCGAGGUCGAGGUAGUUUUCAAGGUGGAAAUCGUGGUGGUGGAUUUGGUGGGGGACAAAACCGAGGUCGAGGUGGUUUUCAAGGUGGAAAUCGUGGUGGUGGAUUUGGUGGGGGACAAGAUCGAGGUCGAGGUGGAAAUCGUGGUGGAGGAAAAUUUGGUGAAGUAAAUCGUGAAUUUAUGACAGAUAGUAUUUAUGUUGGUCAAUUACCUGCUGAUAUUAAAGAAAAUGAUUUAAAAAACCUAUUUCCAAAAGCAAAAAAUGUCACAUUAACACCAGCUGAAGGAAAAAAACCUGGUCAUGCUUUUCUUUCCUUUUCGGAUGGUGCUUCAGCAGCAGCUGCCGUUAAGCAAGGAGCUACUUUUAAAAAUACUGAACUUAAAGUAGCCUUUCAAACUAAACGUGCUGAACCACAAAAACGAACUUCAAAUACCAACGAUAAUGCAGGUCCUAAAGCGAAAAAACUCAAAAGUGAUACAUUUGAAGGAACAGGACUGGCAGCCAAUAAUAAUAUGCCAAAAAAAGGAAAAAAACCAAUCGAUUCUGAUGAAGACGAUGAUGAUGAUGAUGAUGAAUCUAUGGAUUUUGAUGCUGAAGACGAUUCAGAUGAUGACGACGAUGAUGAAUCAGAUGAAGAUGACGAACAAGAAAAAAAAAUUAAACAAACUGUCGCUAAAAUGAUUGGUGGAGGAAAAUCGGCUCCUUCAAAAUCAGCAGCUGGUAAAAACGUUGAAGAUGAUGAUGAUGAUGACGACGAUGAAUCGGAUGAUGAUGAUGACGACGACGAUGAUGAUGAAGAAGAUGAAGAUGAAAAACCAUCUAAAUUACAAAAAACUACAACACCGUCAUCAAAACAAUCGACUCCAACUGUUAGUCUAGAUAAAACAAAAGGCAAAUCACCACUUAAUAAAUCACCUGCGAUUGAUAAUUCAUUUCAGAAAAAAAACAAGCCUGACCAAACAGUUUCUGAUAAGCCAACAUUAUCUAAACCUCAAAAACGAUCAGUUGAUUUUGCUGAUAAAUCAAGUCCUCAAGCCAAAAAACUUAAGAAUGAUACUUCAACUGGUGGUAAAAAUAUUCCUGUAGUUAAUAAGAAUGUUUUGAAAGGAAAGGGUAAUACAUAUGAUGAUGAUGAUGAUGAUGAUGAUGAUGAUGAUGAUGAUGAUGAUGACGAUGACGACGAUGAUGAUGAUGAACCAACACCUAAGAAAUCUAUCGUUAAGCCAUCUGUUACUGGAAAACAAACUAAACCUAUUGCUAAGCCGUCCCUUCAAGAUGAUGAUGAUAGCGAUGAUGACGAUGAUGAUAGUGAUGAUGACGAUGAUGAUAGCGAUGAUGAUGAUGAUAGUGAUGAUGAUGAAGAAGAAACACCCAAGCAAUCUGUCGUCAAACCAUCACCCACUGGAAAACAAAUGAAAACUGCCGUCAAAAUAUCUUUCGCUCAAGAUGACGAUGAUGAUAGUGAUGACGACGACGAUGACGACGAUGAAUCAACUAAACCUGCUGCCAAAAGGCCAUCAGCUCCUGAAGAUGAUGAUGACGAUGACGACGAUGAUGAAGAAGAAACACCCAAAAAAUCUGUCGUCAAACCAUCAUUUGUUGGAAAACCAAUGAAAAAUGCCGUCAAAACAUCUUUCGCUCAAGAUGACGAUGAUGAUAGUGAUGACGACGAUGAUGAUGAGGAUGACGACGAUGAAUCAACCAAACCACUACAAGCUCCAGAAGACGACGACGACGAUGAUGAUGAUGACGAUGAUGAUGACGACGAUGAUGAUGAUGACGAUGAUGACGAUGAAGAAGAAACUGUUUCACCACCACUUAAAUCUGGAUUUAAACAAUCAUCAGCAGCUCCUAUUACUCCUAAACAAAGUCAAACGUCCAAAACUACGAAAUCUGAAUCUAAACCAACACCACUACAAAAUAAACAAAAAGUUGGAAGUGAAACAACCAAACAAGACACUUCAAAUAAACCACUUGAUAAAACUCAAUUGUAUAUAAAUUCAAUAAAAGAAAGUAUUAGUGUAUCGGAUAUGAAAUCUCUCUAUCCAAAAGCAAAAUCAGUUAAAAUGCAAAAACGAAAAGUUGGUCCAAAUCAUAAAAUGAUGCAAUUUGCUUUUGUUACAUUUGAAAAUGAAUCCGAAUGUAGUGAUGCAUUCAAAGCUCAUACACAUAUUGGUGGUGAAAAAGUUAAUAUAUCUUAUGCGUUUUCAAAAAACGAUAAACAAACAAAACCAACAGCUACUGAUUCAAAUAUAAAUUCAGAAAACAAAAAACAAACAACUUCAGCAGAAAAUACAAAUAAAAAACAAACAGUUUCAACAGAUAAUACAAACAAAAAGCAAGAAACUACAGCAGAAAUGCAAACGUUAACUGAUUCAAUAUAUGUUGGUCAAUUACCUGAAAGUGUUGAAGAAUCUGAUAUAAAAAAGCUUUUUCCAAAAUCAACUAAAAUCGAAUUACAUCCGGCUAAAACUAAUAAGAAAGGUGUUCGACCCGGUUUUGCUUUUGUUACUUUUCCUGAUGAUAAUUUAGCAGCUGCUGCUAUUAAACUUGGCCCAUCAUUAAAACUUAAAAAUACACAAUUAAAAGUUAAUUAUCGAACAAAACGAACAACACCAACUGCAAGUGAAUAA